AUGGCCCUUUCCACUGUUCCCCCGACUGGGAGAGAGCGAGAAGCGUGUCUCUCAAUCAACCCGGAAGGCUUCUUCAUCCGACAUCCGCCUGCUCCUCACCUACUCAGCUCCUUCUUUACCCCCGAAGACCAGCUUUUCCAGACGAUUCACAUGGGAGCAGCUGUAAUCGAUAAAGCGCGAUGGCUCCUCGUAGUCGACGGACUCGUGGAACGACCCUUCGCCCUGACCUUCGACCAGCUUCGACAACUACCCCGGCGGUCCGUGAAGGCCUUCCACGAAUGCUACGGCAGCCCGCUGAAACCACCAACGGAAGCAGUCUGGCGCAUAGGGAACGUAGUCUGGACCGGAGUCCGCCUUUCGCAUCUCAUGCAGCUCGCGCGACCCUCUCCCGAAGCAAUAUUCGUCUGGUCUGAGGGACUCGACUACGGCACCUUUCAUGGUGUCACGGCCGAUCGGUAUCAGAAAGACUUACCGAUGGAGAAGGCUCUGAGAGAAGAGGUCCUCGUCGCUUAUGAAAUGAAUGGAAAGCCUGUUGGUAAAGAACGUGGCGGGCCUGUGAGACUUGUGGUACCCGGCUGGUUCGGGACAAGUAUGACGAAGUGGUUAUCACGCAUAUCGUUCCGGGACAGACGGGCCAGUGGUCCUUACACGACUACCUUCUACAACGAAAUCGAUCCGACCGAUGCCGAAGGUAAGAGAACGCGACCUGUGUGGCAAGUUGAGGUGAACUCCAUCAUCACGAGGCCGGAGCCGGAUGCAGUCCUGCACGGGCCUGAGGUGCGGAUUGAAGGAUGGGCGUGGUGCCAUGACGAAGUCAUCGAGGUUAUGGUCACCGCAGAUGGAGGGCACAUAUGGAACGAUGCCACGGUGGCCCGGAGAACUGAGUUCGAGUGGCAAAGAUGGAGCAUUGUCCUCAAGCUUGAGAAAGGAGAUCAUGAGGUGAUGGCCCGAGCAAGCUCAACAUCAGCACUAAAACAGCCUCUCUCAGGCCGACGGAAUCAUAUGCAUACGGUAUCAUUCAAGGUUCGGGGUCCAUGA